AGCAUUUGUAAAAAAUCGCUCGAAGAAGAGCAUUCAACCACAUGCACCACGUUUCUUUGUGAGAAAACUUCUUUUUGCUGGAAGUGAAAAAAAAAAAUAUAUAUUUCUAAAAAAAAAAGAGCAAUCCCAUCAGUUUGUAUUUAAUUUAAAUAUAUAAAAUAAUUACAAAUCGUGAAAAAGAACAAAGAAAAAAACACCAGGAACUCGAGAAAAAAAAACUACUUUGUGGAAUAUUUUUUUUUUUUUUCGUCAGAAGAAAAAAAACCCUUGCGAAACCCGUAAAAUAGAAUCAAUCUCACUGUCACACAACUUAGAACUAAAAACACAAAACAAUGGUGAAAGAAACCGGUUACUAUGAUCUGCUUGGUGUAAAGCCCAAUGCAUCCCCCGAAGAGUUAAAGAAAGCCUACAGAAAACUUGCCCUCAAAUACCACCCCGACAAGAACCCAAAUGAGGGAGAGAAAUUCAAGGCCAUUUCUCAGGCAUACGAAGUUCUCUCAGACACCGACAAACGUCAAAUCUACGACGAAGGUGGUGAAUCAGCCAUCAAGAAGGGAGGCAAUGACACUGGUGAUAUGCGCAAUCCAAUGGACUUCUUCGAGAAGUUCUUUGGUGGUGGCUUUGGAACCGGUGGGGGUGUCAGACGACGAGAGCGUCGAGGCAAGGAUGUCAUUCAUCAAAUGGGUGUCCAAUUGGAAGAGAUUUACAAUGGAACAACACGUAAACUCGCUCUGCAGAAGAACGUAAUUUGUGACAAGUGUGAGGGACGUGGUGGCAAGAAGGGAUCAAUUGAAAAAUGUACACAGUGCCGAGGUAACGGUUACGAGACCCGCAUUCAACAGAUUGGACCCGGUGUGGUGCAACAGAUUGAACAAGUCUGCCGCAAAUGUUUGGGUCAGGGUGAGAUUAUUUCAGAAAAGGAUCGUUGCAAACAGUGUAACGGCCGCAAGACCGUUCGCGAACGCAAAGUCUUGGAAGUACACAUCGAGAAGGGCAUGCGCGAUGGCCAGAAGAUUGUCUUUGCUGGUGAAGGUGAUCAUGAACCAGAUUUGCAACCCGGCGAUAUCAUUAUUCUGUUGGAAGAGAAGGAACAUGCUGUAUUUAGACGCUUGGGUGACGAUUUAACAUUGAAAAUGCCCAUUCAGUUGGUAGAGGCUUUGUGCGGAUUCCAACGUGUCAUCAAGACAUUAGACAAUCGUGAUUUGGUUAUCACUUCGCCACCCGGUGAGGUUAUAAAGCACCAGCAAGCCAAGUGCAUUAUGGAAGAGGGUGUGCCACACUAUAAAAAUCCAAUGGAAAAAGGUCGAUUGAUCAUUCAGUUUGAGGUGAUCUUCCCCGACACACUACCAAUUGCUGUGCUUCCAGCUUUAGAGCAGUGCUUACCACCAAGGCAAGAAGUAGCUAUUCCAAUUGACGCCGAAGUUGUUACUUUGGAGGAACUUGAUCCACAUGUUAACCAUCGCCAGCAUAAUCAUCCAGCUUACGAAGAGGACGAGGAUUGCUACCAUCAAGGUGGUCCAAGAAUACAACAAUGUUCAACCAAUUAAGCUACUUACACAUCCAUACAACAUAAUACAUCCCUUAGAGCAAGAUUUGAACUAACUCAAAUAAUAUAAUAAAUAAAAAAAUGUAAACAAAUACACAAAAAAUCAACACACAUAGAUUACUAAAAAACAAAAAAGAAAGAAAUUUAGCGAAGAUUGAUUGCGUCCAAGAGUAUGACGCAAAAGGAAAAGUAUUCCAACACGAAACAUCCAAAAAAAAAACGGAAAGAAACACAAAAAAUCUUAUACUAAACAUGUCGUGUUAAGAAAAGGCUAUAAAAUGUAUUGUUUUCAAAAUAAACUUUAAACAACAAAAAC